AUGAGCCGUGACUGCACUGAACCCAUGAAGGACAACAAGUCCUGCUACAAGUGCGGCCAGCCCGGCCACAUCUCCCGUGACUGCCCCAUGAGCGGCGGCAGCGGCCAGGCUACCGAGUGCUACAAGGUGAGUUUCUUUCUCCUUCAGACUACGGCUCCUGACUAA